UACGCGCGCCUAGGAGAUCGUCGGGAGGGGCCGACGAGGGAAGCGAGCUGCUAGCGAAGUGAAGAGAGGCUCGUCGCACGGACCAGCGAGGAAGCAUGAUCCUUGCAGGCCACCAUCCCGGAAGUGGACUUUAGAAGAAGAAAGUGAUAGGGUUGCUGGGGGUCAGCAAGUUUCUCUAGAUUCUAGGUGCAGGUUCGCACAGAACUUUAUGUGGCAAGUUUUGGCCAGGAGGGACUCAGAGGUUUAGUCAUCUCACUUGCAGGAGCUAGCUUCUCUGCUGAGCCAUACUUGUAAGUGGUGGGGCAGAAGGUGGCUCAGGAUGAGCCUCGGGGCUUCUGGUAAGAGUCCAAACUAGAAAGCCUGCCUGUGCUCUCCUCGGUGGCGAUCUUAAAUAUGGGCUGAUACCCAUCUAUCCAUCAUGGCUCAGCGGGCAGUGUGGCUCAUAAGCCACGAACCGGGAACUCCAGUUUGUGGCACCGUGAAAUUCUCAAGGGAUCACCAAAACCCAAACCUAUUGCCAUGAAGUCGAUUGCGACUCAUAGCGACCCCAUGGAAGCAGACUGCCACAUCGUUUCUCCCGAGGAGCAGCUGAUCGAUUUGAACCUCCAACCUUUGGAUUAGCAGCCCAGCGCUUAAAUUUAUUGUUGUUGUUGAACUGAGGAUGAAUAAUAUUCUUUAGUCUUUGGUGCAUCAGCCUCAUUGGUCCAUCCGAGACGGUAUCCAACUGUGGAAAAACGAGCCAGAGUCUUCAAUGGAACAAGUUAUAUGCCUAUUCCUGAAGACGGCCCCUUCCUUAGAGCACUACUGUUUGAACUUAGAUUAUCCGAUGAUGAUAAGGACUUUGUGGAGCGCCGUGAUAGCUGUUCACACAUCAAUAAGACAUCUGUCUAUGGACUCCCAGUAGGAGGUGGAGAACUUUGGCCAGUUGUUGCUUUUCUAAAGAAUGGCAUGAUAUAUGCUUCUGUUCCACUAGUUGAACAAACUUUAUCUCCUCGUCCACCAUUAAUUAGCAUUAGUGGAAUUUCACAAGGCUUUGAACUUCUUUUUGGGGUGCAGGAUUUUCUUUACUUGGGUCAAAAGAAUGAUGCUGAGCUAAAUACAAAACUGAGCCAAUUGCCUGACUUACUUCUACAGACUUGUCCAUUUGGUACUUUGUUAGAUACCAACUUACAGAAUUCAUUAGAUAAUACUAAUUUUGCUUCUGUGACUCAACCACAAAAACAGCCAGCCUGGAAGGCUGGAACAUACAAAGGAAAACCACAAAUUUCUAUUUCUAUCACUGAAAAGGUAAAAUCCAUGCAAUAUGAUAAACGGGAUGUAGCAGAUAUGUGGCAAGUCAUUGGAGCUGUAACUUGCAAGUGUGAUUUGGAAGGAAUCAUGCCAAGUGUUACCAUCAGCUUAAGUCUCCCCACCAAUGGAUCUCCACUUCAGGAUAUUCUGGUUCAUCCUUGUGUGACUUCUCUUGACUCUGCCAUCCUGACAUCUAGUAGUAUUGAUGCAAUGGCUGAUUCUGCAUUUAGUGGACCUUACAAAUUUCCAUUCACUCCACCUUUAGAAUCAUUCAACUUAUGCUACUAUACUUCCCAGGUCCCUGUCCCACCAAUUUUGGGGUUUUAUCAAAUGCAGGAGGAAGAAGUACAACUAAAAAUAACAGUUAAUUUAAAACUUCAUGAAAGUGUGAAAAAUAAUUUUGAAUUCUGUGAAGCUCAUAUACCUUUUUACAAUAGAGGUCCAGUCACACAUGUGGAAUACAAAGUUAGUUUUGGCCAGCUCGAAGUAUUUCGAGAGAAAAGCUUAUUGGUCUGGACUAUAGGCCAAAAGUUCCCAAAAUCAAUGGAAAUUACUCUUUCUGGAACUGUAACUUUUGAGGCAAAGAACCAUGAGAAGCAGCCAUUUGACCAGAUUUGUAUUGGAGGCACAGCAUAUGUAAAGCUUCACUUUAAGAUCUUAGAUUACACACUCACUGGAUGUUAUGCGGAUCAGCAUUCAGUUCAAGUGUUUGCAUCAGGAAAACCAAAAAUAAGUACACACCGGAAGCUAAUUUCUUCUGAUUAUUAUAUCUGGAAUUCUAAAGCUCCUGCUCCAAUAGCAUACAGAUCAUUAUUAUUGUAAUUUUCUCGUGUUCAAGUUGGAGAAAUUUAUAUAAUGGUAAAAUAGCGUAAAUGAAAUCAUCACCUUUUAUUUUAACGUGUAUGCUUAUAAACUCUUUUUCGCUGAAGUUAUAAGCGUACACAUAAAAAAGAAAAAGAGGAAGACCCUCAAGGAGAUGGCUUAACACAGUGGCUGCAACAAUGGGCUCAAACACAGCAAUGAUUGUGAGGAUGGUACAGGACUGGGCAGUGUUUGGUUUUCUUGUGCUUAGGAUCGCUGUGAGUUGGAACCAACUCCACAGCACCUAACAACAGCAACAUAAUGCUUAUUACCAGUGUGAGUGAAAAAUCAUUGAUGUAAUUAUAGAAAAUACUGCAGUUUAAUACUUUCAGUCUGAUAUUACUUAAAAGAAUGUUUUAGAGACUAAUGUUUCCAAUUCUGUUACAUUUUUAUUUUACUUGAAGAUGACUCAGAGCAUAAAACAAUAAUGAUUUACUUUAGGCUUCUUUUAGAAAAGUACCAGAUGAUACUGUCACUCAUGUUCCUUCCUGCCCCUGUGGCAGACAUUACUAAUCAAUCACAGUCCUAUGUCUCCACUGAGCCUUCCUGGAUAAGGGUACAGACUCAUUCUCAGUGCAGAACUCUAAGCAGCCAUUACCAAUGAAUUAUAGAUGCCAUGCACGGUAAAAAACUAUUUGCUAAGCAACUGUAAGCCCUAAGCUUCUAGUGUGUUGUUACAGAAUACCAGAACCAGAUUAGAAACAAAUGCAAAUAUCUUGAAAAAACAGCUUAUGGAUCAAAGGAAAAUCGUUUUAACUGUUAACCUCUUCUCAAUCAAAACUGUGCUACUGACUAAUAAAGAAUCUGCAUAAUUCUA